AUGAGGUCUAUAAGAAGAGAUGGAAGUGGUUCGAGACAUAACAGACACUCAUUGCAAUCGGAAGCCACAACAUGCAUAAUCAGUGACUGGGAAUACGAUGAGGAUAGAACAAGAGAAAGUUUCGAUCCGAAUCAUUACAGAUAUUUAUGUUGUUGUGGACAUGCACACUCUUUGACCGGAAUGAAAAUAGUUGCUGGCAUGUUAUGCGUCACAGUAGUUUUUGAACUGUGGCAUCUGAUUGUCUCAAUUUUGGCAUCUGAGAUGGUGGAAAAGGCUGAUGUUACUGGCGCUGCUAUAAGAUUCUUGGCUGGAGUGUUCAUUGCCGGAUCAGUGCUUUGGGCAAUAUUGGCUCAAAGAGCUGAACUUCUGGUUCCGUACCUUCUUCUACAAGGUGCCGGUCUUGCCAUCGGUCUCGUUUUCUUUGUUUCAUUCAUGUAUAUUGGCUUGUUUGGUGACAAGAAAGUGGGAACUACAGUGCUUGGAUCAUAUGGUAUCCCAGUCAAUCCAAGAGAUCAAACUGCAUAUUUCAAUUACGCUGCUUGGUUAAUGGCUGGCUCAUUUGCCAUCGUCAUUGUUCUCCAGAUAUGGAUGAUGAUGAUUGUCGUGGCGUGUUGGAGAUUCUUCAGGGAUAAAAGAAACAACGAAAAAAACUACAAAGAAAUCGUUACUGUCCAAAAAAUACAACUAUUGACCCGAAUGAGAAUUUCACUAUCCGCAGAAGCACUUGGUUCAGAAGUUUGUCAUCCGAAGGACUGGGCAAAGACGCGAUCCUUCUCCGCUUCUCUCGACGUUUGA